AUGUCGACUCAAAAGACACGGCCAACGGAGAAUAAACCGAGGAGGUCAUCACGCCGCAUCCAGGGCCUUGCACCGCUGAUCGACACCCCGUUUCAGAGAACGGUGUACCUCCCGACCGAAUUGAAGGUCGCUGUGCUUGCUCAGCUCGACAAACGGGACCUCAAGACCGUCAGACUGGUAUCGAAGGAAUGGAACGCAUUGGCCACGACGCCUUUGUUCGAUAGGGUUUAUAUAUCGUGCCAGGCGAAGGAUAUGGAGGUUUUUAGGAAUAUCACGACGCAUCCGGAUAUGAGCGCGGGUGUUAGGGAGCUUGUGUAUGAUGGCUCGCUCUUCAGAAAGGAUAUAGAUUUCAAGAAUUAUUGCUACAAGGUCUAUCGCCAAGUCCGUUGGAUCGUGCCGCCGUGGGGGCCUGACACACCUUUCAAAAGCGUAGAUGUUCAGAUCAACAAAUUCGUCCAGGAUUACAGAGAGAAGAAAUUUGGCUUUUCCAAGCUCUACAAGACCCACAAAAUGGACACAUUUCUCGUUGAAGGCUAUCGGAAAUACAGAGAUCACUCUGCAUUUGAGUAUCACAGUAUUGAAAUGGGUUGGCUUUUCGAUGACCUUUGCACGGGGCUCCGUUCCCUCAAAAAUUUACGCUCGGUGGUACUCGGUCAGAAGAUGUGGCACUACGACCUUGACCAGAGUAAGUACUUCGGAACCCCUGAUCCCAACACCUUACAUGGGCCAUCUUCAGGCUCGCCUCUUUGCCGCAGCUGGAAUCCAUUUCAUCUUCGCCCUCUUGGGUGGAAAGAGCUUCCAGACGUGGAUGGUGGUCAUUCUCAUGUUUGUGCUCAUUUUCAUAUGCUUACACGAGCGAUAUCCACAACCAACCAAAACAUAACUUCCCUUCAGGUUCCAAUGGACCACAUAGGAGGAGGUCUCUCGCAGCAAGCGUUGAUGAAAUCCAAUCUAAACGGCUGGGAGUUUUGGUACUUCAUGACAGCGUACUCAGGUUUGAGCUGUCUUGAUAUCGAAAUCACUACGAACAACUCUGAUCAGCGAGACGCCUUGACUGUCCUUCCAGAACUCCUGGCGCACACGUUCGGGCUUAGACGAUUGUCAUUACACCUCUUCAAGGACGUCGACCAACCGCUUCUCCCUGCAGGUGUGAGUGAGUACUAUCGUUACGAUGAAAUAUUUCCGGCCAUCGGUAUCUGGCCGAAGCUGACAGAGCUUUCAAUUUCGGGACUUGCAAUCGGCGGCUGGGAUCUAAUGGUCCUGAUCCUCGGGCGAGCGCGAGUCAGACGGCUUGCCUUAUUUGGGAUCGACCUGCUGGAUGGUACUUGGGAAGGCGUUAUUGAAGGAAUGCGCCGCCGGCAACAAUUGACCGAGCUGCAUAUGGACGGCGACUUCAGAAACUGUGGAGGCGCUAUCUUUAGACCUCGCGGUCCAGAAGACAAACAUACCGACUUCAUGUGCCUCAUAGAUACCGAGGCUUAUGUUGCCCGUGGUGGUCGACAUCCGUGUCUCACCCAGGAGGGUGAUCCUGAUACUGCGAUCUGGUGGUAUUUCGACUUGAUGCCAGAGAAAUGGCUUGACGACCUGAAACUUAUGACUCGCGAGUGUGACGAGUACACGGACGAUCUGUUUCGCAAUAGACAGUGA